AUGGAAGUGAUACAAACUGAAAUCUCACGUCGCCACAACUCUCCUGUGACAGAUUUAAAAGUAAAUAAGCAGCUUGACGAAAAUAAAGAAAACUCAGACUCUUCUCUGACUGUAUCAAGAAGCCUAAGCCAGUCUUUAUACAUAACGAGCGAUUGCCAAAAAUCAAGCUUUAUAGACCUAAUGCCUUCUGCUUCUACGUGCAGUUCUUCUUUGAAACCUGAGAACAUAAAUAAACAAAAAUUAAGCCAAGACCUCUCUAGUGCAAAAAAAUCAAGAAAAUCAUCAAGCCAAACAUUAUUUAAAUCUCAGUUUUGAAAGCUCCCUGAUAGUGCUCAAAAGCAAAAUAUUCACCCAAAAAGCUCGUUAUCGACUAUAGCUGAAUCUCCCCUGCAAGAAUUAUCAGAAAAUUCGCUUGAAAUUAUCAACACACCAGCCAAGGUUGAGCUGCAUUUUGGGGAAUAUUCCACAAUAUCACAGAAAUCUAUAUAUAUCACGCCAUCACAGACUCCUCAAAUUAAUGAUUUGGCUAAUUCUCAAUGAAAUUCUAAAGAUCUGUCUAUUAUUAAUGAAGUAGAAAAUUCGUCGUCUGAGCUAAACCGUGGAUUUAUAUUAUCGUCUCAGCAAUCAAUAUGGUCUCAUUCUGAGAAAAAGAGAUGCUUGACAAGGACAAAGUAUAAUGAUAGAGAUAUGGAGCUAUUGAAGAUAAAUCUUUCUGACAAAAUCAAUAAAACAGAAGAGUUUUCUCAAUCAGUCGAAGUUUCGAGAAAUUUGGCAAAUGCAAUUGAGGUUGUGUUUUCUCAAGAUUCUUUGCCAUUUCAAAGCCAAAAUUUGAAAAGAAAGGUUGCUACAGACUCACAACUUGAGAGUCCUUGCAAGAGAUUUAAGGAAUAA